AUGGAAACCCAUACAGGUUUAGAAGCCGACCAGCAGAAGGAAGUAGAGGAGAAUAAGGGACUCAGAAGAGAUUUUUCAGUAAAGGAUUUAGUAGAGAAUGGGACUGAGGAGGAAGUGAUGGAAGAAGGGGUGGAUGAAGGAGAGAGAGGGGAGGAGAAGCAGUCCUUGGAUUGAAUGCAGAUGUCGAUGAUGAGUAUCUCGGAUGCAAGCUAUCUUGGGCAUAAUUUGGAUAAUAAGAUUUACUCGAAGAUGAAUGAAAUGAGAAAUCGUAAUAUUUUUGCAGAGAAGAAGUCGUUUUUGGAUUUUAAUGAGUCUCAUAUUGACGGUAAAAACUCCUUCUUGGAUUUUACAAUUGACCAAGAGUUUCUUCUAUCCAGAAAGGAUGGUGAAGAGGGAGGAGAAAAAGAAGAUUCAAGUCAAAAAGAAAAGCCAAAAAGGAACAUAUUUAAAUAAGAAAGAGAAGGAUAGUCCGCACCCAGACAAAACUAAAGUCGGUAGAAGAAGAACAGGUGGAUUUGGAGAAGAUGAAAAGAAAAAGGAGAGAAAGAAUCUUGGAAAGAAUGAAGACCAAUCUCCUCACUGUGCUAUUCCAUAUAACCAACUGAUCAUGAACGAUGGGGAUGAUUACAACAUAGAUUAUGGGAACCAAGAUCUUCUUCUUGAGCAGAAAGAAGAUGACCCGUCUAAUCAAGACGAUCUUCUGGAUUACUCAAAUUUACAAGAGACUAAUAAAAGUUUUCAGGAUCCUAAGAUAAUGAAGGAAAGAAUGAGUCUGAAGAUGGUAGAUGAUGAGAAUCAAGAGAGGAGAAAGGAAGGGACACUCAAAAAGAAAUUUAAGAAUAUCUUUAAGAAGAAUAGUAAGGGGUAUAAAUCAUCGGAGAGUUCGUUGACAUUCAAUAAAAAGUCUGAAGAGUCGAAGUCGUAUGUUCAUAGUUCACCUAAUUUUGCGAAGGAUAAGAAGCAACAGGAUAGUACCGAUGUUGAGGAACAGAAGAGCGGAGAGGAGAGUAGGAAUGUACAACCAGACUCUUUUACAAAAACUCCCUCUGAGAAGUAUGACAUAUCUGUUUUUGCUGCAAAUAGGGUUUCUAAUGAGAAAUCUUUAACUGAUAUUAUUGAAGAGCCUCCCUCAAAGAGCAAACCAGGACAUAGGAGACAAAGUUCCAAUGCUCCUAACUUUGGUAGCAUUGCUUCUAAAGAAGAAAUUAUCAGCAAGCCAGUGCUACCUAUUAAAAAUAUAAAUAAAGCUAUAAUUCAUUCAUCUAAACCGAGCAAAUAUGAGCCAAAGUCAGCGAGGGAUUAUCCUCGCCCAGUUCAUUUUCACAAAGAAUAUUCUCAAAUUUCCAAGGGAGAUGUCACUAUCGGAGAUGAAAUAGAUAACGAAUGGUACAAAAUUUUAGGAGAGGCCAAUGACAGAAAUGAAAUGAGGCCAACUGACAACAGAUCUGUGAUUAGUAAUUUCAGAAAUUUGGCAAAGCCUCAGCACAUGAAACACAGUAACGAUCCGAGAAGUUCAGCCAUUGUUGAAUACUACAAUCUUUCCCAUGGAAUUGGGAUGCAUGCUAAUGAGAGAGACGGAGGAGAGAAUGUUGAAGAUCACCAAAUCUGAAACUCUGCUAACGACAUUAUCCUUCAACUGUUAUUAUUAGGAGUCGAGAAGAAAUACAACAUGCAUAUUACCUGUGAUUACGAACUCAAGGAAUGAGAAUAUUUAUUCGAAGACAUGGCAGAUAGAUAUUCUUACUGCCCAGAGGCUUAUUUUGGGCUUGGGAAAAUCUAUUUUUCAAAGAAUCUCAUUGAUAAAGCACUAGGGAUGUUUGAACUAUCACUCCAAGGUCCAAAGAGAGACCCUGUAUACUGAUUAUGGGCUGCAAUGGCUUUAUUGUAUAUGUUACAAACUACUAAAAGUAGCCAGAAAUAAAUUAAAGAUAUUACACAACAUUGAGAUUUACUGAACAGAAUGCUUAGAGUCACAGUCUCAAGACACAAAUGCUCUAUUCAUUCUCUUAUUUGCGACUCUAUCUGGAAUGAGUCAAUUUUCUGAAAAAUAAAUACGCACCAAAAUAUUCCCCUGAAGAUAUUGCUGUGUUUAUUAAGGAAAUAAACAACUACAAAGGUUACUUAGCAUGGACAGAAAUAUACUUAUACAAAGACAAAAAGAAGUUUGCAAUUGAAGUACUCGAAGAAUUAGUAGAGUUCCACCCUCAAAUCCCUGAAGCUUACUUUAAACUAUGCCAAUUAUACAAUCCAGACUCAGAUGAAGCUUUUGAGACAGCAGAGGCUAUGUUCCUCCAUUGCACAAACUUCCAUAUGCUUGAGACAAAAAUUCUCAUCAGCCUAGUGUACUCUAAAAUCUUAUAUUUUUCAUGCGAGUACAUCCAAUGCUUCGAAUUACUCCAGAUGGAGUACAAAAGGUACCCUGUUUACCCAGUCUUUCUCUACUAUUACGCGAAAUAUGUCAUCAUGAGCGAGCAGAGCUCCUACUACGGAUCAGGUAUCGGAUGCCUACAAGAGUGUAAAAGAGUUUGAGUCAAAGAGAGGAGUCCUUACAUAAACUUUUAUUUGGGAAAAUUUUACUAUGCUUGAGGUAGACCAGGCAAAUGAUACCCCUUCUUUGUUAAAGCAAAUAAGGAAUUUAAGAAGACGAAGAAGGAAAGGGUUAAAAUUUUAGAAAUCGACUCCUUCUUUGAUGAAUACCAGGAUUUCACUAUGAUUGUUGAAUCUUGUAAAAAGAUCUUAAAAGAGUAUAAAACCAAGAGCUACGGCCAGUUCACAGAAGACGAUGAAAUUAUCAUGGAGCUUAAUAAUAUUCAAGAGCUUGAUCCAAUUACUGUGAGAAUCCUUAAGUCAGAUUACUACAAAAAGAUCCUUCUGGACAAGAGGAAAUCCAUCCAAGAAAUUAAGACUAUUAUUAAAGAAUUCCCUGAAAAUGAAGAAGGAUUAUUUCAAUUCUGGGAAAUUAUCAAAGAGAAAGGUGAUAUGAAUGAACUUGAGUUCGUCUCUGAAACCUUACAGAAGGUCUGUAAUGGAAAUUCAGUUUCUAUUAAUUCUUGGGUAAAUGCUUUGUUUAAGCAUUCGGAGAUGCUCAUUAUGAAAGGUAACAAAUAUUCCUCACCUGAGGAUCGGGCUGAUCCAAAUGGAUUGUUCUCUCAUUACAUUGAAGAAAGUAUCAAAGUAUUAAAAUAAGAUCGGAGAGGCUCUUCCACCUCUGCCACUUCCCUCACUUCUGACAAUUGAGGACCCGAUUCGGAUUAAGAAAGAAAUGCUGAACGACUUGAAUAGUGACGAAAGAAAGGUUAAGAAGCCAUCUCAUGAUUGCCCCGAUAUGGACUCUAGCUUCCUUGGAUUCAACUUCAGGAAGUUCCAUUCAAAGAAUAACGAUACUACAAGCAUGAUCAGCAAAAGUGAUAUGAGGAGUAGACUUUCAGAAUACAGCGAGAAUGAAAUUCAUCCCUUCUUGGCCAGGAAUCGGUCAGAAAACCCCAACAAUCAGAACUUAAGCAACAGAGAUUCCUCUGGUGGGAACAUGCAAGGCCAGUACAACAGGUUUUCCAAAAAUAUGCUGUUCAGCUCAAUGUCCCAAAAAGAUAGCUUUAUUGGCAGAAAUAAUGACAAUACUCAUCUUGAUGAAUCUCAGAUCUACAUUAAGAGAGCAUCUGAAGGCUUUGCUGUCAAUUCAGAUGUAAAGUUCCUAUACCAGAUUGGUAAGAUCUGCGCUGAAUCAGGGAAAUAUCUAGAAGAAGGGAUAAAAUGACUUGAUGAUUAUAUAAACUUGCUGACAUUCUUUGAUCCCUCUGUCAGCAACGAUAUUCAAAAUGUGCCUGUUGUUGAAAAUCCUACAUUUUCCAAAGCAAUUUUCUUUGUCGGCAUAAUUUUUGACCAAAUUGGAGAUUUUGAAGAGGCUCAAAAGUUUUUAAAUCAAGCUUCUAAAGGCUUAAGGGUUAAAGGUGAAGAAGAGAAGUAUAUUAAGUGCCAGAAUAUUCUCAAAAGAAUCAGCGAGAAUCUCUAUUAAAGCAUAUGCAAAGAUAAUCGCUUUUAUAAAGCCACUUAAAUAAUUUAUGGAAUUCAAUAU